AAAAAACGAACAAUUGGAAGAAGACAUUUUUCUUUCAAUUCGGUAAUUUAACAGUAAAUAACUGCAAUUAAUUAUAUUUUAUUAGCAAACAAUUAUACAUAAAAUAAUGAAAAUAUAGAAAUAAGAAUGUAAAUCAAAUAUUUUGUUGACAAAAUAUAAUAAAACAUAUAAAAGUGGAGUGAAAGAUUAAACCUGUAUACAAGGAAGCGAAUAAGAACACAAAACAUUAACUUUGCCAAUAAGUGCAGCUGCUGAUUAAUUAUUUAUAUAUUAUUAUAAUAUAUCAUUAAUAUAUUUUACAACAACGUCAUUUUCUACAAGUGUACUGCAAAAAUAAUAGAACCUACUUAAAGCAGCAAAAAGUGAAAGAAUACAUAAUUUGUGCAGAGGGCAAAGGAACACUUCACACACACACACACCAUCACCUCUGUGUGAACUGGUUGGUGUAAAAAAACCCGAAUUAAUAAAGUAUUAAUACUUCCUUGUCUGAAAUCUUUGCUUCCUCCAUCGAUCGCAUCAACACUUUUUCGACAUCUCACCUGUUUGCCGAGUGUGGAUAUGAAUUGUACAUUGACUAGAUGGGGAGAGCUGCCAUCGUUGGUAUUGGGCCAGAUUUACGAAUAUUUAGAACCUCAUGAUCGCCUUAAUGCCAGUCAAACAUGUAAACAUUGGCGCAGUGUUUUAUUCCAAAAGAGAUUUUUCAUUAAUUCAAAAUUUAAACUACAUAUUGACAACGAUCGUCAGUGUAAAUUCUUUCGCCAUACUUUAUACAAUCUGACGAACGAGCUUAUUAUUAUCUUCGAUUUCAUAAAUGUUUUCCAUAUUGAAAAAAUACGACGCAUCUUAUACAAAGUUGCACGAUGUGAUAGUUUACAAGGUUUACGUUUUCAAACAAACAAUGUGGGCCUAACGCCACCUGGUGAUAUAAGUGAAGAUAGUCUAGUCGAUAUUGAACAACUCUUUGUUGAACCCUUAAAAAUAUUCUUAAAUCGCAAGAGAACCGCCUGUAAAAUAUUGGACUUAGGUGCAAUUGAAGCUUUAACAUACUAUGGUUUAGAUUUCCUAAAAUCUUUGAGCCGGCCUCAAGAACUAAACGAACUAACAUUGGCCUCCAUCAAAUACGAUCCUAGUCAUUAUCCCAUGUUCGCCAUGGAGAAUACCCUAUUGCAAAAAUGUUCAUCUCUACAAGUACUAUCACUCGACUACGAUACGCUCAACGAAGAACUAUUGCAUACAUUGAAAGUUUUACCCCUAAAGAAAUUCUUAAUAUGUGUUCACGGUUUGGAUCGUCAUCAUCCGGGCAUAACGGAGAGAGCAUGGUCAGAAUUCUCAGCAAAUUUCAAUAAUAUCGAACUAAUUGUAACGUUAAUUUAUGCCUUUGAGGCUGUUGAAGUAUUGCAAAUGCGUAUAUUAAGACAAAAUAUGCCCAUAACACACUUGCGUGUAUUAUUCUGUGAUUAUAUGAAUGUUGACGCAUUGGAAUGGAUUUCUUUAAAUAACAGCCGCACUUUGAAAAGCAUACAAUGGAUUGAUUCCGCCUAUAAACAUUCCGAUAAAAAUAUUAUGGACUUAUUUUUACGCUCCGGACAAGAUCCAUUUAUAAUGAUGUCUUGGCGUUGCAAGAAUUUAGAAGAAAUUGUCAUACAUGGCUAUGUUUUGGAUCCCCAUAACAUUGUGGGCAUUUCUCGUUUACGUGGCCGUACCUUAAAACAUUUAGAGGUAUCAAUGAUUGAUAAUGCACCCACAGAAGCCAACAUAGAUUCCUUUAUUGAAGAAAUCAAUACAUUGUUGGGCCAAAAAUGGGAACCUUCAAAUCUCAAUAACAUGCAUCCAGCACUUGGCUAUAUGCCCGUAGCAGAUGAUGUACGUGAUGAAUAUGUCUUCGAUCUCAUACGACGUGAUAUUUCCAAUUAAAACCUGGAAACAAAUUAAAACUCAAAAUCCAAAACAAAUUUUACACUUUUAAAGAAAAUUUGUUUAUUAAUCUUUUUUGAUUAAGAAAUACACACAAAAGAAGUAACAAACAAACAAAACUACAGCAACUAUCAUUAAAUAAUCUGCAAUAUUUUUUAUUAUUAAGUGAAAAUCCCUUAAAAAGAAAACAUCACAUCAAACUGAAAAACAAAACACACACAAACAAACAAACUAAAAACAAAAAGUCAUGCCAACUAAAUCAAACGAUCAACGAUUUUUUGUCAUCAUCAUCUAAAUCUAAUUAAUAAAUUUAGCAGCGGGAUUUGCAGUAGCCGGAAUAUUUUACAAUGAUGUUGGGUAAAUAUAUAAAUAUGUAUGUAUUUUAUUAAGAAAAAUUGCAUGACAGUGAUAUAUUAUUAUAUUCUAUAAAUGAAAAUAUUAAUUUUUUUAUAAUUUUACGAUUUAUUUUUUAUUAUUAUUUUAUAUAUAUAUGUGUUAUAUUCUAUAUACUUUAUAAAUGUCCUUUAUACAACAAAUCUUUAAACAAUAUAAGAAAUUAUUAUAUAAUUUUUAAUUUAAAUAUACAUUAUUACUUUGAAAUUUAUUUUCAUUCAUGGCCAUUAGAGAAAAUUUUACACUGAACUAUAAACUCUUAAGAGCAACUCUUUAGAAACAAAAGAAAAACAAAAAUAUGCCAAAUUUUAUUAAAGAAUUGUGCAAAAUUUUAAUUUAAAUAUUGUUAAUUAUUAUAAUUUUGUUUUUAAACUUCGAACUUAAAAGUGGUUUUGAUGUGUUGGAAAAGUUAAAUAAUGAUUGAUAAACUAAACAUUUGAAUUUAAUGUACAUUAAUUAGAAAACGUUUAAAACAUUUUUUGAAACAAGCUCUUGUAAUAAAGAGCUUUAAAAAACAACAUUCCAAAAAGUUAUAAAAUUAUUAACAAAAAGUUCGUGAACAUGUAUAGGAUUAAUUUGGUAUUUUGAGAAAUAAACAAUGAAGUUUUAUAGUAAAACGAAAAACUGAAACUUAAGUCCAAAGUUACAACCUUAUAUAAAUAAAAGCGCCAAGCGCUGCGUUUUCUGCCGCUCAGUUGUAAUGCUAAAGAGUGUAAAUGUUUUGUCCAUGAUGAUAAAUAUUUUGUUUACUAUUUUAGUUUAUAGGUACAAAGUAUAUAAUAAGAAAACAAGAAAACGAAAACUUUAAUAAUAUCAGUUUCUUCAUCUUAUGCAUUCGAAAUUGGAUUUUGCAGUAGCUCAGCGUUCCUACUGCUCAACGCUUUUAUUUAGGUAUUUCAGUAACAAUAUAUCAAACAUAUUAAACUUCUGAAGAGCUUACUGCAAAAAUAUAAAAACAACGAUAUAUUACACUCAGCCCUUGGCAAAAUAGAACUGUUAAGUUAAAAACUAAUAAAUUUAAAGUGCUGUGGCAUAAUAUGAUAUGAUAUCUGAAUAUAUUGCCGUAACAAAUUCUAGCUAUGUUUACUUUUAAAGUCAAACACUUGCCAACAGUGUAAUAGCUAUAAAUCUCUUAACUUUUCCAUUCACAUCAAACUUCCUUUUAAGUUCAAUGUGUUCUUUUUAUUGUAUUGACAUUUUAUUAUUAUUAUUUUUAAACAAAAAAAUUAUAACAAAAACUAAAUGUAAUAGUUAUAGAAAAUUUAAAUUAAGCUAAUAUUAAAAAAAAAACAAUUUACUAAAAACCUAAAUAGAAAAUAAUAAGUCACACACACCCUUUAAAUAUUAAGCCAAGGCAUCAUUGUCUAAAAGAAUAUUGAAACAAUGACAACAGGAAAUUGAAACAAAUACCGUAUUACAACAACAAAAAAUCAUCUUAAAAGACUUAAGCACUUCACAAAUUAUGACGUACAACGGCGAAAUUGUGAAACCUGCUAUAAAAAAAACCAACCAACAAACAAAUACAACAAACAUAAAUUUGUAUUUAAAACUCAAAAAUAAAUUGUAUUAAAAAUAAAAAAAGAACUUACUACCAGUUUAAGGAUUCCAAAUGAAAACUCUGUUUAGAAAAUGUGCAUGAAAAUUAUUCAAAUAUUUCAUAUAGAUCUUCUAAACUUUGUUUUGGUACCCCUAACUAGGCCUUUAAACCAACUAGUUUAACAAGCAAGAAAUUAACAAAAAACAUCAAACUGUGAUUAAAAACAUGAAAGCCAUCUCAAAAAAAACAAAAAAUUUUACAAAACCAACAAUGAGAACAUUUGUUGAUAUUUAAAACAUGCAACAAUUAUUUUAGGAGAAAUUAAAAAAAAAGAACUAAAUGCCACACAAAAUGUUAAACAUCUUAAAGCAAAAUAUCAACCAAUUGUUACAUAUUUAUUUAAAGAAAAAAAGUUAGAAAAUUUAAGCAAAAUUAUUUAUACACCAUUUACUUACAAUAUAAUUUUCGAAUAUAAGUUUUAGUUGGGAGUAAUAUUAUUCAAUGGUAUUUACUAUCAGUUCCUGUAUGUAGAAUGUUUCAUUUAUUACUUAGCAAAAAACAAUUAGGAAGUAGUUCUAAAAUCACAACAUUUUGAUCAUUUAUGAUUCUAAUAUUCUAUAGCUGGUAUUUUUCAAUUCAAAGUUCAACUUACAAAGUUGUUAAAAUACUGUAAUCAUUUAUAAUACGCAUCAAAUGAUUUGUUUGUAAUGUAUCUCCAGUACACCAAAAGAUUCAAUCGUUCAUAAUAUACAUAGAAUAUUUCUAUUAUACAUACAAUUCAGCAACUUGGAUCCCUUCCCUCCUAUGACAACCACGUGUUAAAUUCAUUGGUUUUUGCUGGGUUCUUAGUUGGAUUUUGUUUAUCAAGCAAAUUUAAUAAUGAUGUUUUCCAGUGAUAUUAUGAAAACUGUCCAUUAUACUAAAUUGCCAUACAUUAUUACAAAUUAUUGAAUAUUUGUUACAAGGCGUAUCUAAUAAGGUGACGUCGAAAAGCCAGCUGACUAUUUUUUGCUCGAUAUGUUUUUUCACUUCUAUCUGUCAAAGUUUGUUUACAUUUCGUUAUUAAUUUAAAUUAACGUUUUUGUUUCUUUUAAUAAAAAAUAUAAAAUAGUAGAAAAGUGAAUAAUUGAUAAUAUAAAAGUGAAUGGAGUACUUAUUGAAAGUAAAUUUCACGUAUUUAUUUAUUUUCACCCCUGUUUUUGAUUUUUGCAGUCUGCUGUUGUUUAGCUGUUUGACAGUUAGCAAAUAAUUUUACAAAAACAAAGUACAUGUUGUUUUUGGUAAAGUUGUAUUUGUUGUAGAAUUGGGUAUACCUGUAAGUAAAUUUGCCUUGAUUUGUUAUAAAAUAUAAUAUCAAAUUCUGGACUUAUGUCGGUAAACAAUUAAUUAUUGCCAUCUGUAAUACAAUUUAGGCAACUGACAACGCAAAUGAAGUUUGGUUUGCCAUCCAUAAUAAACUAUAAAUUUUGUUCUAAGUUUUAAAAUAUAUCCUUGUCAAGGGACACUAUUUAGGAUAUUAAUUAUAUUUUACCUCAUAGCUUCAAUAAAGUCGGUUUUUGACUAUCAUCUUUAAAAGAAUAGAUGUGUACAAAAAAUAAAUGAGACUGAAGAAUAUUAGCAUUUGCAUACAUUUUGACUUUCACAUUCACUUAAAUAGAAGAAUGUUUUAAAGAAAAACAAGGUUAGGUGGUUUCAGAGUCAAAUAUAUGACACUAUUAUCUAUGGGUCCCCACCGAACCUACAUAUCAUAAACCCUCGUUCCCAUAACAAUUGGAUUUUUCGCCCUGAACGACCCGAGAUUGUUGUCAAUUCAUCGACACCAGCUUCAAUGUUUUUUCCUCUGCCAAUAACAUUCGACGACUGCAUAUCUGUUAUAAAUAAUGUUAAUAAACCCUAGCUUGUCAUAAAUCUCCUAACACGUUCCAAUUCAAUGCCAGAUAGGUUAGGCAGUUCGUCGAAGAUCGCAUGAAGAUAUUUUGUUCAAACGCUUGAAAAUGCCAUAAAAAGUGUUUAUUGUUUUCUACUCUGACUGAAAUCUCUCUAUAAAACACUAGAGAUAGAGUCUUUGAAAAGUAAUGAAUACUAGAUACGGCAACAUUUAUCUGUCUAUCUUGCAAACGUUCUUGUUGACCUCACCCACCCUGAUAUUUCCUUAUAUUUGGUAUCCAUUGUCCAGGUCACGCAUAAUCCUUGUGUUAAACUACUUAUCCAACUGUGAUUGGACAUAUAUUUAUUCUCGGCAGUUACGAAGACGGCAUUAGAUCCUAGUCAGAUCCGGAAACCUAAUUGAUUUUCAAAGAUUGAGAUGAACUGUGUAAAAGUAAAUGCCACUGCCGUAAACCAUUUAGUACGUAGCUUUUUACAAUAGCAGCAGCUCCAUUUUUUUAAUUUGCCGAGUUCUUUGACACCAAGUGCAGUAGCAUUAGGUUUAGAACAGUGGUCGGCAUAAGGAUAACAUGGAACAAGAAUUAUAAUAACAUUUAAUUUCUCUGUUAUAAUAUGAGCAGCUAUUCGCCCCUGUUCUGUAAAUCUAGUGAUUAAAAAAACGAGCGAUUACUAAAAACAAAUAGUUGACAAAUUUAUGCUCAGCAAAUCGAAAGAUUUUCUUCAUUGAAAACGAGUAAAUUAUUCUAUUUACAAAACGAAAACGUUACUCGGAUUGGAUUUAUAGAUUGAUCGUGAUUUUAGUGGGGUAACAGGUAGAUAUCCAGGCAGUUCACUUAGGUCCAGUAAAUUGGUUUGUGUUACCUAGAAAUGUAAGAAAUAGAAGAGAAGUAGAGGAAGAGAGAUUCCAGUAACAAGUAGUGUUGGAACCAGUUAAAAUUCCUAAUAUAGGCGUCGAUGCAUUUGGAUUCCUUAGCCGAUAGUUCAAAUAGACUGCCGAAUGAACGAUGUCCUAAAACCUAACACGUAAAUCUCAGAGAAUUUGACACAGGCUGUGAAAAAGAAAAUAGUAUCUUCUUCAUUAUUACAGUGCCUAUUAUUCAGAUGUGAACGUCGUUAUCCAAGGAGGUAUGCUGAACGCAUCCGGUCCCACCUAGGCCAUAUAGUGAUCAUACAUGUAGGUUCGCAUCCCACCUUAUUUGAACGAACUCAAAGUAAGCAUCACUAAUAUACGUUGCUUAUAUGUAGACAAUGGAAUUCCACAUUGGAAAACUUUGGCAUCAUCGGGCAUCAUAGCGCCUCUUUUCGCGAAGUCAUUAGCAACACUGUUGUUUAUAAUAUCCCGCACUCAUAUGAGUAAGACUGUUGAAUGAUUCGCCAUCCCAUUCAAGGAUGACCGGCAUUUCUAGGACAGACUCGAUGUAGUGUAUG